UGAAUUGCACCACCUCGCCCACUUAUUGCUGUGUUCUUGAUUGUAUCCCUCAAAACCUGGACUCUACCGGCGCAGUUUAUGAAGACCCAGUGUGGACAGUAAUGACCUCACGCUCCCGGUUGCCAGCUGGCAGUAACGACAAUGUCCGAGCAUCAGAGCUGGCACAAGACAGGCAGCACACAGAGGUGGUCUGUAAUGUUCUUCUGCUGGAUAACACAGUUCAAGCCUUCAAAGUUAAUAAGCACGAUCAAGGACAGGUCCUGCUGGAUGUAGUGUUCAAACACCUGGAGCUGACGGAGAGAGACUACUUCGGCCUACAGUUGGCCGACGACUCCUCAGACAGUCAGGCUGUCGCAACAGAUCAGAGGUGGCUGGAUCCAAUCAAACCGAUUAGAAAGCAAUUAAAAAGUCGGUCUCCACACAACUUGAAUUUUAGGGUUAAAUUCUUUGUAACCGACCCCAAUAAACUUCAGGAGGAGUAUACAAGGUACCAGUACUUUUUGCAGAUUAAACAGGACAUACUUAGUGGAAGGCUGCCGUGUCCAUACAUCACAGCCACUCUUCUUGCUUCAUACGCUGUUCAGUCUGAGCUAGGGGACUACAGUCAGGACGAGAACUUGCCCGGCUACCUCUCCGGAUACUCUUUCAUCCCCAACGCACCACAUGACUUUGAGAAAGAGAUUGCCAAACAGCAUCAGCAACACAAGGGACUGCCUCCUGCCCAGUCAGAGUUCAAUUAUCUAAACACAGCACGGACGCUAGAGCUCUAUGGAGUCGAAUUGCACUAUGCGAGGGAUCAAAGCAACACUGAGAUUUUAAUCGGAGUGAUGUCAACUGGGAUUGUCGUCUAUAAGAACAGGGUACGAAUCAACUGCUUUCCAUGGCUACAGAUUGUAAAGAUCUCGUUUAAAUGUCGACAGUUUUUUAUUCAACUCAGAAGAGAAUUGAAUGAGAGCCGUGAGGCGCUCUUAGCCUUUAACAUGGUGAACUACCGAGCCUGUAAGAACCUAUGGAAGGCCUGUGUAGAGCACCACACCUUCUUCAGACUGGACCGACCCUUACCACCACAGAAGAACUUCUUUGCACAUGUCUUCCAACUGGGCUCCAAGUACCGCUACUGUGGUAGGACAGAGGUGCAGUCUGUCCAGUACGGCAAGGAGAAGGGCAUCAAGGACAGGGUGUUCGCCAGGUCUCCCAGUAAGCCAUUGGUGCGGCGGCUGAUGGAUGGAGGGAUGGACUGGGAGUCAGUCAGCCGGAACUCCAGGGCCUCUCUGUCUGACGACCGCCUGGAGACCCAGAGCCUGCCCACACGCUCCCCACCAGGCACCCCCAACCACAGGAACUCCAAGUUUGCACAAGAGCGCCUGCGGCCGUCCUCCGUGGGACACCUGCUGGACCAUGUGAACUACCACGACCAUGCCUCGCCCUGCCAAACGUUUACCAAUCACAAGUCAGCCUCCUCAACCCAGGCCAACUCCAUCAGCCUAGAUUCUACCCCGUCGCCAGACUCGACCAUCGACGGCCAGCCGCCCGCUCUGCCCCCUAAGCAGACUAGGAGGCCUCUGUCCAGCCAGUCCCAGUCCCACUCUCAGCAGGAGUUGGACAACCACAUCAAUGAGCUGUAUGACACGCCUCUGUCAGAAGACAAGACUAUGCCCAAUGGAGUGCUUCCUCAUGACAAUCUGGUGUUCAUUAAAAUGUGCCCCGACGAACAAGGACGAUUUGGAUUCAAUGUGAAGGGUGGGCUGGACCAGAAGAUGCCUGUGAUCGUGUCCCGAGUGGCCCCGGGAACAGCGGCUGACCUGUGUGUUCCCCGGCUGAACGAGGGAGACCAGGUGGUUCUGAUUAACGGUCAGGACAUCUCAGAGCACACCCACGACCAGGUGGUCAUGUUCAUCAAGGCCAGCUGUGAGGAGAGCGACUCAGGAGAGCUGAACCUGCUGGUCAGACCCAACGCCAUGUAUGACCUGGUGGAGGAGGAGAAGCUGGAGGAUGGGGAUACGGAGUCUAACUACCAGUACUCCCCAGAGAGGGCUCCCCAGGACCAGCCCCAGGACCAGCCAGACCACCACCCAUCCUGCUGGAGAGACUCCAUACUACAGCUGAAAGAAGGCUUGAGCACUGGGGCCGUACAGCAACAGUUUGAUCAACUCUACCGGAAAAGGCCCGGAUUGACAAUGUCAUGUGCCAAAUUACCUCAGAACAUUUCCAAAAAUCGAUAUCGAGACAUUUCACCGUAUGAUGCAACCAGGGUUAUUCUGAAGGGCAAGGAUGGGGACUAUAUCAAUGCAAAUUACAUCAAUAUGGUGAUCCCAGCGCCCAGUGCUGUAAACCGUUACAUCGCGUGCCAGGGCCCGCUGCCCGCCACCUGCUCUGACUUCUGGAGGAUGACUUGGGAACAGGGCUCCGGCAUGGUGGUCAUGCUCACCACGCAGGUGGAGAGAGGACGGGUGAAGUGUCAUCAGUAUUGGCCCAACCCUGGUGCCAUCGCUACCCAUGGGGACUUCCAGGUGUCCUGUGUGACAGAAGAAGAGCAAUCAGCAUUCCUGGUCAGAGAGAUAACUCUCACACACCUGGAGAGUGAGGAGAGCAGGUCGCUGACUCAGAUCCAGUACAUGGCCUGGCCUGACCACGGUGUUCCAGACGACUACACUGACUUCCUGGACUUUGUCAGUCUGGUCCGCAGAAAGAGGGGGGGCAAGGAGGAGCCAGUGAUCGUACACUGCAGCGCUGGGAUUGGUCGGACGGGGGUGCUCAUCACCAUGGAAACAGCCAUGUGUUUGAUUGAGUGCAAUCAGCCCGUGUAUCCGCUGGAUAUCGUGAGGGCAAUGAGAGACCAGAGGGCCAUGAUGAUCCAGACUCCGAGCCAGUACAGGUUUGUCUGUGAGGCGAUACUCAAGGUGUACGAGGAGGAGCUGGUCCAACCGCUGACGCCCACAAAGCCCCUGACACCCGUAGAGUCUCUGCCGCCCACAAAGCCCCUGACACCCAUAGAGUCUCUGAUGCCUACAAAGCCCCUGACACCUGUAGAGUCUCUGACGCCCACAAAACCCCUGACAACCACAAAGCCCCUGACACCCAUAGAGUCUCUGACACCCACAAAGCCCCUGACACCCAUAGAGUCUCUGAUGCCUACAAAGCCCCUGACACCCAUAGAGUCUCUGACGCCCACAAAGCCCCUCACACCCGUAGAGUCUCUGACACCCACAAAGCCCCUGGCACCCGUAGAGUCUCUGAUGCCUACAAAGCCCCUGACAACCACAAAGCCCCUGACACCCGUAGAGUCUCUGACGGCGACAAUGCCCCUGACACUCGUAGAGUCUCUGACGCCUACAAAGCCCCUGACACCUGUAGAGUCUCUGAUGCCCACAAAGCCCCUGACACCCGUAGAGUCUCUGACGCCCACAAAGCCUCUGACACCUGUAGAGUCUCUGAUGCCCACAAUGCCCCUGACACCUGUAGAGUCUCUGACACCCACAAAGCCUCUGACACCUGUAGAGUCUCUGAUGCCCACAAAGCCCCUGACACCCGUAGAGUCUCUGACGCCCACAAAGCUUCUGACACCUGUAGAGUCUCUGAUGCCCACAAAGCCCCUGACACCUGUAGAGUCUCUGAUGCCUACAAAGCCCCUGACACCUGUAGAGUCUCUGAUGCCUACAAAGCCCCUGACACCUGUAGAGUCUCUGAUGCCCAUAAAGCAUCUGACACCCGUAGAGUCUCUGACACCCACAAAGCCUCUGACACCCGUAGAGUCUCUGAUGCCCACAAAGCCUCUGACACCCGUAGAGUCUCUGAUGCCCACAAAGCCUCUGACACCCGUAGAGUUUCUGACACCCACAAAGCCCCUGACACCCGUAGAGUAUCUGACGCCCACAAAGCCUCUGACACCCGUAGAGUCGCUGACACCCACAAAGCUCCUGACACCCGUAGAGUCUCUGAGACCUACAAAGACCCUGACACCCGUAGAGUCUCUGACGCCCACAAAGCCCCUGAUACCCGUAGAGUCUCUGACGCCCACAAAGCCCCUGACAACCACAAAGCCCCUGACACCCGUAGAGUCUCUGACACCUACAAAGCCCCUGACACCCAUAGAGUCUCUGACGCCUACAAAGCCCCUGACAACCACAAAGCCCCUGACACCCGUAGAGUCUCUGACACCUACAAAGCCCCUGACACCCGUACAGUCUCUGACGCCUACAAAGCCCCUGACACCCGUAGAGUCUCUGACGCCUACAAAGCCCCUGACACCCGUAGAGUCUCUGACGCCUACAAAGCCCCUGACACCCGUAGAGUCUCUGAUGCCCACAAAGCCUCUGACACCCAUAGAGUCUCUGACACCUACAAAGCCCCUGACAACCGUAGAGUCUCUGAUGCCCACAAAGCCUCUGACACCCGUAGAGUCUCUGACACCCACAAAGCCCCUGACACCCGUAGAGUCUCUGACGCCUACAAAGCCCCUGACACCUGUAGAGUCUCUGACGCCUACAAAGCCCCUGACACCCGUAGAGUCUCUGACACCUACAAAGCCCCUGACACCCGUAGAGUCUCUGACGCCUACAAAGCCCCUGACACCUGUAGAGUAUCUGACGCCUACAAAGCCCCUGACACCCGUAGAGUCUCUGACACCCACAAAGCCCCUGACACCUGUAGAGUCUCUGACGCCUACAAAGCCCUUGACAACCUUAGAGCCCCUGACACCCACAGAGCCAGAGGUAGAGACAGAGAGAGUCGGCUUUAUCCCUCCUGGGACUGACUGACUGACACAGGGCUGCAUGGGCCUAAGCACCACCCUCUUCUUCCACAGCCUGUCUAUCUGUCUGUUUAGAGCCUGUCUGUCUGUUUAGAGCCUGUCUAUCUGACUCCCUCAGUCACAAUAGUUUCUUCCCACAUCCACCAUCUUGAGUCUGGCAAGAGAAACUACAGUCACAACCAUGGAGACGACUACCGACAGUCACUCGAACUGGCCUGGGAGCGCAAACAGAGCACUGUUGCACUUUAUGACGACAAAACCCGCUACUUUGGAGAAUUAACGGAAGAAGAAAUUAAAAGAAACAAAGUUACGAUGAUCAACUGGAAUUCGGGGUGUUAGCAAGUGUCCAGGAUCAAGAGAGAAGGGAGAAACAGAACAGUAGCUGGGUUGGAUCAGAUUGCUGUAGUGUCAUUACUUUCAGACAGACCUUCCUAAUGAACCGGACAACUCACUGGAAAGUGGACUUGCGUUUGUUUUCAACCCAUCAGUGCAUCAUCACCAGGUGUCAUAUCAGUGGUUUCUUCAGACUAGUCUUUCUGUCUUUGAUCACUCCGUAGACUUAAGAGUCCAUGUUCUUUUUUUAAAUCAAAACUAUUCAACAUCAACUAAAGAUCCACUCAGAAGUGGGUUAACCCUCUAUGUGAGGUCCUGGUAAAGCACUCUGACUUCUACUCUAUUGUACUACUCAUCAUCUCAUUAUUUCUCUCAUUGAGACUAUAGGUUGUCAGAUGGUUACUUUUGGGCUUUUAUGUUUAUUAGUCUACAGAUUAGAAUCAUCUCCAGGGUAAGGUCUUACGACUCCAAGUCCUUUGUGAAGGUGUUUCCCAAACCAAGGUAAAAGGCGGUGUAGGUUAGGAGCAGUGGAGGCUGCUGAGGGGAGGACGGCUCAUAAUAAUGGCUGGAGUGCAGUCAUUGGCAUGACAUCGACCACAUGGAAACCACGUGUUUGAUACCAUUCCAUUGACUCCAUUCCAGCCAUUGUUAUGAGCCAUCCUCCCCUCAGCAGCCUCCACUGGUUAGGAGAGGCCUCCCUCCUCCUUUACCAUAACCUCAUUAGCUGAUUACCUGUCAUUGAGCUCUGCACUAUGUGGUGUUGUUGUUGUUUUUGAGGCAGCUAUUCAACUUUGAUUCAGAUGGCUCAACAUGUGACGGUACAUCGGUCUCUCGAAGAUGCUAUACCACUAGCCCAAAACGGGUAGUAUUUUAAUGCAGGUUUUGUUAUUGCUAGUAACAUAGAAUGACCUUGCCAUGCAGGAUUGGGUUGGUUCAGUACAUAGGUGGUUUAUCAAGUGUCAUUGCAUCAGAUUUUGAAAUUGAAUAUGAGGUAUUCAGAGCUCUCUGAUUAAGAGCAUUGGGGUAUUUGUUACCAUGGUACUGUACAUCAGGAUUGUAGGCAGUUGGUGUACAGUACAUACAGACGGUACAUACAUUAUAUAAAAAGACUGAGCUUUCGGGACCAAUAGGUUUUUAGCCUUGUGAGUAAAACAAAAAGUUUUCAAAUUGUGUUGAAAAGCUCUAAGGCUCAAGCUAUAGAUUUGCUUCUGAUAUUUUUUUAUAAGAGACACUUUUUGCUUCUUGGGAAUGGACAGCACUUUUCAGCUGAAAUUGUAGCAUAUUUGCUGCUAUGUAUGAUUAGACCCCCAAAAAUUAUUUUGGAAUUGUAUUUAGCAUUUUCUUAAUAUUUGUUGGAUAUAGACACCUCUAUGGAGAUGUAAGCUAUAUGGUGUCAUCUAGAUUUGUGUAAUGUAACUAGUGUACAUUUACUAUGUUAAUUUAUAAGGUUUAAUGAAAUUAAAAAAUUGUGAGACAAAGUUAUUUUUAUAAGAGAAGAAAAGUUCCACACUUUUCCACUCGUGUAAAGUCCUGCUGGAAUUAGAAAUGAUUGUUAGGGGAAAGCAUUGCAAUAGAUGUAUGCUGUGUAAAAGUGCUCUCCAUAAAUCCAGUGGCAGUGGAAAGAAUUGGGACGGGCAACAUGAAGCUCUGUACACUGACUAAUAGAUUAAUCACCAUUAAUAGUGUUCUUUUUUAUGACAAUUGAAACUCACAAAGUGAUUUUAUUCCCAUGAUUUCUGGUUGAAUCGAUAGAUGCGAUUGUGCUUUUGAAAUCAGAAAGCUGGCUUGGUUGGCUUGGUCAAACUUCAUUUUGCUGAUACUUCUGCAGUGGAUUUAUGCAGUACUAUUGCUGACAAUGUUUACAGUGGUUCGUGAGUUGGUUUUGUGAUUUAAAAAGGACGUGUAUCUACUGAAAGUCGGCGUGUUUACAAAUAGCUGUUGUGCGACGGGGAACUUCGGCCCAAUCAGAUCACACCCCGCCGCGUCCCAAAUGGCACCCUAUUCCUUAUACAUUGCGCCACUUUUGACCGGGCUCUAGCCAAAAGUUGUGCACUAGAUAGGGAGCCAUUUGAGACUCAGACGGUGUCAACCACUUCACCAUGAAAUAGACUGAGGCACUGGAAUGUUCAUUUGACCGGGUUGUCCCAUUCAAGGUCCAACACCUCUUUUUCAAGGGGGGCCUGGGUGGUAUGUUUUUUUGUUUCGUUUUUGCACGAUGCUUUUCUACCUUAUCAUCACUUAGUAAUAGUACAACAUUCUGCACAACUGUGAUGUACAUAUAAGCUUAAAUCUGUGAGCUAGUGAAAUAUAUUUAAAGAUCCAAAUCAGGAGGAUGUACAAAUGUAAUGUUUGUGGUGAAGCUGUACAGAAAUUGAAUGUAUCCAUCUCAAGCUUUUAGUUGUUCGAAAACUUAAGGGAUGUACAAUUUGACUUUUGAGGGGAAAUAUUUUUCAUACUACUGUACUUGUAAAAGCAGGUAAAUAUCAGGCUGGGCUCUGCCUGGUCUGUGACCUGCUCUGUGUUUUUGUUGUAAAUAGGAGCCAUAUCAUGUCAGUGAAGUGCCAAUGUUCUGUAAGUAAAGUCACAUUUCUGCUGUG